CUUCGAACCCCUUCACCUUCCAUUAUUUGUUUAUUGUUUCUCUCCCUCGUUCUAUAGCCCUCCUAGCGUUGAAUCAUCAAAAUCAGCGUGAAAUCCCAUAGAUCGGCCACCGGAACCGUCGUCCAUCGCUGGUCUCCGUCUCCGGUUGCCUCUAACUGGGAUAUUUACCAAAUUCCAUCCAGCGAAUCGCAUUGUCCUCCCUUCUCACCUGAUCCAGAUAAAUUCUUCCAGGAAAAAACCCCUAAGAUGCCCUGGAUCUCGAUUGAAAGUUUGGUAUUGCUUCCUACUCAAGUCUCCGAUUACGGCCUAUAAAGCUUAUCUCAAUAGUCCCCUUUCAUACUCCACAUCGGAACAUCCCUAAGGUUAUUAUUAUUGUGGUGUUGCAGUUGGAAAUUGCUUGCCGUUGAUUCUGUAGGUAUUUCCAGUAACUAUGUCAGGGAAUUCUAGCUGCAGCGUAUACAUAGGUAAUUUGGAUGAGAGGGUAAGCGACAGAGUUCUAUAUGAUAUUCUUAUCCAAGCAGGGAGGGUAGUAGAUUUGUAUAUCCCUCGAGACAAGGAAACCGAUAAGCCCAAAGGAUUUGCCUUUGUGGAAUUCGAAAAUGGGGAAGUUGCUGAUUAUGCUGUCAGGCUUUUUUCUGGCCUUGUUACUCUCUGUAAACGAACCUUGAAAUUUGCUAUUUCUGGGCAAGACAAGACUUCACAGAACCCUCCCUAUGCAGCCAUGCCUGCUACAAAUUCAUCCUACAAGUCAAGGCAUCACCAUGAAGUAGUUAACCACAUGGAAGUCUCUCAGCAACUUAAGAGGUCAUCAAUCCCUUCUAGGGUUUCAGAUUAUCGCGCUCGUUACACCCAAGUGUUACCUCCACCUGGUGUUUCUCACCACUCUAAUGGGUAUGGAUCACAUUUCAAUGAUACCAAUUAUGAAUACAGUCGAAGGGUUUUGGGGGCAACAUUGGAUAGCUUUAGUCGCCCUAGGUCACGACGUUACGAAACAAGUGACCCAAUUUCUUAUCCCUCUUACUGAUAUUUAUUACGACUGCUAUAUGAGGGUAAAAUUCUUACAUGACGCACUUAAUAUUGAUUGAACAAUUGUAGUUAUUCAAACAAGAUAGGUGGUAGAGUUAUGGGUAAGAAGGGCUAAAGAUAGCAUAUGUUGUAACUUGUAAGUUAUUUCUCGGGUCCCAUCAUUGUUUGUUUAUGAAUACUACAUUUCAUUGUGUGGUACUAUUUCAUAAUUUCACUCCCUUUAAAAUGUUGUAUUUGUUUCUUUUGUAUA